AUGGAGGGUUAUUCCAGUGCAACAUUAAAAGCCUGUGUUAAAGAUGGAGGUGGAGUAGCAAGUUUGAAUCUGAAUGGCAGAGGACUUCUGAGGGUUCCUAAGGCAGUCACUGGACUGAAUGGACUGGAGGAACUCAGACUGGAUAACAAUAACCUGACUGAGUUACCAACAAAUAUUAACGAGCUGAAAAGUCUUAUCAGGCUCCAUUUGAAUGGUAACAAACUAACAAAACUGCCAUCUCAGAUUUUUGACCUGAAAGAGCUGAAAAGGCUGUAUGUGGAUAACAACCGGUUGGUUGGUUUACCAACCAGUAUACAGAAGCUGAACCAACUUGAAGAGCUGUACUUGGAUGGUAACAAACUUAGAGAACUGCCUUCUGAGAUUGGUGACUUAAAAGAGCUGAGGAGGCUGGAUGUGAGAAACAACCAGUUGGUUAGAUUACCUACCAGUAUACAGAAGUUGAACCAGCUUGAGAGGUUGUUUUUGUCUGGUAACCAACUUACAGAACUGCCUUCUGAGAUUGGUGACUUAAAAGAGCUGAGGAGGCUGAAUGUGAAAAACAACCAAUUGGUUAGUUUACCUACCAGUAUACAGAAGUUGAACCAGCUUGAGAGGUUGUUUUUGUCUGGUAACAAACUUACAGAACUGCCUUCUGAGAUUGGUGACUUAAAAGAGCUGAGGAGGCUGAAUGUGAAAAACAACCAAUUGGUUAGUUUAACUACCAGUAUACUGAAGUUGAACCAGCUUAAGAGGCUGUUUUUGUCUGAUAACAAACUUAAAGAACUGCCUUCUGAGAUUGGUGACUUAAAGAAGCUGAGGUGGCUGAGUGUGAGUAACAACCAGUUGGUUAGUUUACCUACCAGUAUGCAGAAGCUGAACCAGCUUGAGGAGCUGCACUUGUAUGAUAACAGACUUACAGAACUGCCUUCUGAGAUUGGUGACUCAAAGAAGCUUAGGAGGCUGGAUGUGAGUUCUAACCAGUUGGUUAGUUUACCUACCAGUAUGCAGAAGCUGAACCAGCUUGAGGAGCUGUACUUGAAUGAUAACAGACUUACAGAACUGCCUUCUGAGAUUGGUGACUUAAAGAAACUGAAGUGGCUGGAUGUGAGUGGGAAUCUGUUACGUUCUGAUGCAAUACAUGCUCUAGAGAUGAAGAAAAAGGAAAUAACCAGUUCUGUUAUUACAGGUGGGUGUGGGGAUGAUUUUCAAUAAAAUUGUCCUCAAUAAGACAGUUUUUGGAAUGGUACUUAUAGUACUUAUAUAUGUGAAAUAUUUCAAUUUAAAAAGUGCCAUUAUUUUUGUCUUUGCCGGUAAUAAAUCGCGAACAAAAUUAGAAAUGGCCAAACAAAACCUUCCUUCGUAAUUUGUGUUAAGUUAGUAAGUUUCAGAUGAAAUUCAGAUGAAACUACUUACUGUGGCAUUUGUUUGAAUGCUAACAAAAACCUGCGCUGAGCAUCAUCAAGGCUAAAAAAGACGUUUCUGAACAAAUGGUUUUUUGAUCAAAGUUGUGGCAAGAUGUAAAUAUUUUACCCGACACGUUUUUGCAUGGCAAGCAAAUUAAAAUGUAUACUUGAGAAAAAAUAGUAACUUUUUACAUCUGUUUUUCGCCGUUAACUUUCUUUUAAUGUCAUUGGGGCGAUAUUGAGCAAGAGCCUAUUUAUUUAUCAAUUAUUGAAUGAGGUUGAGUAUGAUGUGAAAAAUUAUGCAGAUCGAGGAGGAUUUUAGGUGGAUAACAGCCUCCGAGAUCUACAUUUUUCUUCACAUCAUAAGGAAGCCGAAUUCACCGCAGUAAUUGUUUUAUUUUAAUGUCUCUAAGUUCUUUGCUAAUUGUACCUCCUCCUAGACUUUCUUCUAAACUUAGGUCUAUUUCUUGGCACGGUUUCAGGAUAUUAUCAGAUGUUUUCUUGCAGAUACUCCUUAAAACGUAGAAAACAUCCAUUGAGCAGUAUGUUUUGCGUAAUCUUGCAUUUCUUCCGUUCAGCUUUAGUCAUAAGUUCAGCUAUUUUCUCUUCGGAUAGCCGUGAACGCCCUUUUUUUAGUUCACUUGUGAAUAGAGCAAUUUUCAAUUGAGUGUUGACAGUAAUCCAGGAUUGAAUUGGUUUUGCUUUACUGUGCUGUUUGAUUGGUCUAGAAAACUCGCGCCACCCUCUCAGCCAAUCAGAUGUAAACUAAAACCAAUCGCUCCUUGGUCACUCGCGUUUUCCCGCGCUACAGGCCGGUUACACGCGUUUACUUCGAGUUGUCAUUGGCUCCCUCUGAUAAUUUCCUUUACUCUGAUUGGCCGUUGUGAUUACUUUGGUUUUGGUUUUCGACACUCAAUUGAAAAGCGCUCUAAACAGCUAGAUACCCUAAGUACAGAGGUUUCUCCCUGGUGUGGGGAAACGUCUUUUGCCGAAGGGUCAAUAGAACUACUCACUAGGCGUUUGAGAAAGCUGUUUAUAACACCUUUCGGAAGGAGACUGUGGAGGAAAAUCUUAGCACCACUGAAUUUGCUUAUCGUGAAAGUGGAAAUUGUACUAGUGCACUGUUAGCGAUCAAGCACUUCAUCUAAAAACACUUAGAUAAUCCAGACUGUGAGGCAGAACGGGUAUUCGCAAUGGACAUUCAGCAAAGCGUUCGACUUAGUCAGGCACGAGUUACUAUCUGAUAAACUAAAGUUGCUGCCCCUGAAUGCCUAUAUUAUCAACUGGUAUCACAGUUUUCUUUAUAACAGACAACAACGCAUGGUCCACAACAACCACCUUCACGAGUGGAAAGGAGUAAAUAAGGGGACAACGCAGGGUAGUGUGAGCGGCCCCUACUUAUUUAACGUGUUCUUGAAUGACCUUGAAAUCAAGCUAGGUUCCACUCCCGCCCUUUUUGAGUAUGCAGAUGACUCAACCAUUGUCGCUCCAGUAUUGAUUGGGGGGAGUGAUACGUCAAGUGGUUUAGUGGAGAAGUUUUUGACUCAGCUGGGCGAGCUGUAAUUCCAUGAGUUGUAACCCUUACAAGUGUAAAGAACUUGUCAUAAAGAAGAAAAGGAACUCAACAUUCUAUCCUGUUGUACGUAAUAUACCACAACAUACCACUCUUGAUCUAUUAGGUUUGACCUUUUAGAAUGACUGUAGAUUUUUUGCACAUAUAAAAGCUAAACUGUGCAAGGCCAACAAAUGUCUACACGUGCUGAGAGUAUGUAGAAAAGAGCGCUACAGCCAGACAGAAAUGGAUUAUCUCUUCUAUAGCAUUGUUCUUCCCAACAUGACUACGGACUAUAUCUGUUUAUGGCGCCCCCGAUGCGGAAAUUAAUGUCCUUCAGCAAUUUUUAGACAGAUGCUAUAAGUUGCGUUUUAUAUCUACGCAGUUAAAUAUUAGAUCAUUACUGCAAAAACAAGAUAAAGCGAUUUUUAAAAAGUUAAACAGGGUGAUAAUCACCCUCUGAAGGUUUGCUUACCGCAAGAAAAGAACAAUUUAACCUACAACCGUAGGCGUAAAAGCUGCAAAAGGCCCAAAAUAAACACCGAACGUUAUAAGAACACAUUUGUAAAUAUACUAUUUUUAAAUACCACCUUUUAUGAUAUUUUAUGUUUGAUAUUUUAUCUAGGUUUUUUUUUCACAUUUUUAUCUUUUUAUUCUAUUGUAAUUUGGCUGAACUUUUAAUCUUUUUAUCCUGUAACAUUAGAUAUGUGUUUUUAUCUAAUGAGCAAUAAAGACAUUUAUUAUUAUUAUUAUUAUUAUCAUAACUAUAACAAAAUUGUCAAAACUGAUUGGCUAUCAACUGCCCUGAUUUCAACCUUAAUAGGACAGUUUAAUAGGACAGUACGCGUCAUGCCUAAGUAAUUGGACAGUACGCACCACCACGCGCGCGAUUAAAUGGCUUUUUUUUUUCACUGCUAGGAAAACAAAAUUUGGCAUUUCUUGUGUUUUGAUUUAAAAAAUAGCCUAUUAUAUCACAAAUUUUGUUAGAGUUAUGAUUAAUUGGUAACAGAACUUCGUGUCGUCCAAUUCGGUCUGUAAUCAUACUCGUGAUUAAACAAAUCGGACUCCCGUUGUUAAUCACUCGUAUGAUUACAGACCCGACUGGACUCCACUCAGUCCUGUUACCAUUACUUAUUAUUAGAAAGACUUGACAGAAACCGCAAAACCGCACAUGAAAAGUCUCUUGCAUCCGGUCUGGAAACAAGGUUGAUCGAUGGUCUAUUACUUAUGCAGCCUCCUUUUCAGGCAAAUAUACCAUCGAUCAACCUCAUUUCCAAACCAGUAUGUCAUGAAAUCGAUGGUAUAUUGCUCACAUCCUCCAGAGUAAGUCAAUUUGCACAAUUCACCAGCCUUGGGUAUUAUUUUUCGUUAUUAUUCAUUCAAAAUAUUUCGCCGUCGGUCUAAUUGUUUCCAAUCCCCUCGCUAAUUCUUCAUAACCAACUGGCGCUUACUAUAUUUGGAAGAUGCGAGCAAUAUACCAUCGAUUCGUCGGUAUAAAUAAUUUAUGAAUAACUAUUAUGAUAUACCAUCGAUCAACCUCGUUUCCAGGCGCGGCAGCGUAACUGUAUAUUCCUGGGUCAACUAAAAAAAUGGCAUUCGUCGGCCUUCCGCCUCGGUGGAUAACAUCCUCCUCGAUCCGCAUAAUUCUUCACAUCGUAGUACUUCACAGCCUCAUUCAAUAAUUGCUAAAUAUACUGGGUACCAGACUGGAUUUAUUUACCACUAUUAUUAUUCAUUCAAAAUAUGUCGUCGUUUAUAUUCAGUGGAAGCUCUCGUGAGCGGGUACCACCCUCGGGAUGCGAAAAAGGUGCCCGUAACUGGAGCUGGCGGCCGCUUACAGGAAUGGAAAAAUAGAGAGUUUGUAUGGGAGUUGAGAAAAACGUGUUUUUUGUGAAGGCGACCGUUGGUAGAGCUAUCCGCUUACGAGAGUGUUCAUUAGAAGAGCUUCCACUGUAUUUCAGUCGCAACUUCAGUUCUAAGCUUUCUGGGGUACUGUAUACGUAGACAUAGAGACAUCUUCAGGUUUAUCCUAAUUUAUCUUAUUAUUGCAUCUUAUUUUCUGCAAGGUGGAAAGAAGAAGCCUUCGUUCGAACAAGCUGCUGAAACUGCAAUGCUUUCGAAUGCUGGCGAAGAGGAACUUGAAGAAGUGGUCGAGACUGUGUUACCUGUGAAAGUCGCUAAAGAAGAGGUUGUUGUAAAGCCCGAAGAUGAAACUGAAGUUGAAGACAAUACUUGUGUUGGCGAAAGCAGAAGUGUCAUCAAAAGGUAAGUGUCAUUUGAAUAAAAAUUCAGUGGAACCUCCGAUGACGGCAACGGCAGUGUAAAGUUACUUACAAAUUUCAUUUGUGUAAAGGUACCACCGAGGCGUUGUUUGUCGACCUCUGGUGAGUGGUUUAACCGCUUCGAUUUUCGAAAGUGGUGAUAGAAGAAGCCCUACCGAUAAACUCGUAAUCAGAAAUAACAAGCUUGAACAUUUUCCCCAAAAAGAGAGAAAUUAACGUCGAUGUGCUACACUUGUUAAAAAAAGGAAAGUGGCAGUGAAACAUUCUUGUUCCGCGCGAGAUCACAUACCGUGACGUCUCGUUUUCGAUAGUUUUCCUCUUUCAUCCUUUCACACCAGUGAGGGAAAUCGACCUUUCCUCUCUGGAGAGCGUUAUUUAAAUAGUUGUGUUUUAGUGAGUGUUUAAUUCUGAUUUGGGUUAUAUCUGUAGACGGAAGACUGAUUCCACGAAAAAAGAUGCGUUUUCAAAGACCCGAAAAAGGUGUCUGCUCUCGCAGGCUUGGAUACUUGUGGACGGGGCCUAAUAUUUUUAAUGUCUUUUAUUUUUUGCACGGGUUGAGUGCAUCGUGUGCACUCUGCAUCUACAACAUGAGUUUUACGUAAAGGGCAAAAAGUCUAUAUUUUAUACGGCGUUUUUAUUCUUCGUUCACGAAUUUCCAGCGUGUGCGAAACUUGUUAAAAGUACAAUUACGUUCUUUUCGUUAUACUUAUUUUUUUCUUUAAAAGAUGAUCUGAAUAGUCACUUCGAAGACCCCCAUUGAAAAGUGUUUCGCUCACCGUAACAGUAAGCAUAAUUAUUCAUCGUAGACGAGCAUCCGACUGAACGUCACAAUCAAAAUUUGCUAAACUUUCUGUUUUUUUCAAUAGAGAAUUGUUUGAAAUUCAACAACUACAGACUUUUGUCAACGCUAAGGGUAGAGUAUCCUAAUUUUGGAGGAUAAAAGCAGCUAAGAGUUGAUGUCGAAUAAUAUAGUUAACAUUAUAUUAUAUUUAUAUUCUAGUACGACGAUUUUUUCCUUGAACUCGUCGUUUAGAAGAAGACUAGCACUGACCCCUACACUGCGUCAAAAAAGAAAAAAAACUCCCCUAUCCCCCCAGAAUCUUUACAUAUUAUAUUCUCCAUUUAUUGUAGAUUUUACUCGAACAUUGAACUAUUGAAAGCUGUGUUCUGCAAACAACCGACUAUUAAAAUUUUGGCUCAUUGCAGAAAAAUAGUGAGCAGUGAAGGUACCUGCUGGGCCCUCAAACUAGGGGCUGUCCAUCUUAUAUUCCAUCCAAAUGCUGUGUCUGAGCCUACGUCAAUAGUGGUCUACAGAUGGAGAUCCAGUGUCUGCUCACCCCCACUACAGGAACACGAGGCUAUUGUCAGCAAUGUUAUUGAACUAUCUUCCCACGAUGGCCAACGCCUGCAAUUCAAUGCCAUGGUGACUUUGUCACUUUCUCACAGUGCACCGGAACUACGGGGCUAUGAAGUGGUGAUAAAAAGGCAGAUCAACAAGGAGACCAAUGAAUGGGAAGACGUGAGUGGAACCAAGAACUUACGCUGUCGCCAAGGUAUAGAAAUGUUCUCUAUGUAGUAGACUUAAAGCAACUAUAGAGAACCGUUUGGCAGAUCCUGUUUCUGUAAGCAGGAUGCGGCGUACGUCUUCUGUAUUGCUGAAGGGUUUGCUUUGUUUCUUUUUAAGAUAGUGUUAUUACGUGUUACAGUUGCGCUUGCGCUCUCGAUCUGAGACUUGUUUUUCUUUUUUCCCGGUGUUGAUUUAUAUAACGUCAGUCUUUUUUAGAUGCCAAAGAAAGUGUAUCUGAUAGUUACAUUUUACUGGUAUUUUGUAUCGGUAACAGAUAUCGAAGAUGAGCACCUUUUUCAAAAGGAUAUACCAGAUCCUUUCUUUCCUGUUGUUCAAGCUGAUAUAACUGAGGGCUCGACAUAUGCAGCGGUUUGCCGUCUCAAAUCUUCUCCAACUUACACCAUCACACCUGCUGGUGGCUUAUUUAGUCAUCCUCAUUAUCCAGGGGUGAUGAUUACAGUCCCUGAGAAUGCUGUUGCACCUGAAACGGCGUUUUCCCUGGUGCUAAAGGUUAGUGUUAUUACAAAGCUCCAUACAUAAUCAGAGUAGAAUAGCGGAUAUAAUCAGCCCCAUGGCCUUUUAAAGUGAUAUAGUUUCUUGAAUAUGACAGCCUAGUCUGUGUAAAGCCGCCCCCUCCUCUCAGAAAAAAUCGGAGAAUGGGCGAUUGACUGGCGUGGGUGGCUGUAUAUAGGCUAAUGACAGCCUAAAUAGUCUCGAUGGUUUGAUUGAAAAAUCUUAUACUGAUUAUUUGGAGACUGAUCCUUUUGAUAAGGUUUUUAAUAUCUGAGUUAAGUUUUCACUUACAUAACUUAUGACGACGCAAAGUCGUUCUCAAUUCAAUUACUUUUUGUAAUGGUACAGGUGCAAGAAGUUCCUAAUAAAGAAUUUGAAGAGGAAGGUGUAUUUCUUGGACCUAUUCUGCGAAUUAAAUGCUUUGAGGUUGUCCAGUUCUUAAGGCCUGUAACCAUUCAGCUACCAGUUUCUCUUCGAGACCAGGAGGACUUUAAUCCAGAUCCCACUAAAUGCCAUGUGAGAGUGUUGUUCCUGAAUUGCGAGGAGGAAAAAAGGGAAUGGAUUGAACUCACUGAUCUGGUAGAACCGACACAGUUUGACGCAAAGCUUGUUAGGAUCCAAGUCCAACGAUUUUCUGGGUAAAGAUACUUCAGAAAUCACUAGUAUUUACUAGAUAAAUGGCCAGUUGAGUCCUUUUUUUAUCCAAAAUGUUGAUCAAACUUCACUCAACGUUGUUGGAUACAACGUUUUAGAGCCGUUCGAACACCAUGUUGAAUGGUGCUGGGUGUUGCUAGAUCUGGUUUAAACGUUUAAAACUACAAUUUUGGACAAAUUAAAAUAAAAUGGAACUUCAAACCCCAAUCCCCCAAAUCAAGGAUGAAACCGCGGAGAAGCCACUGAAACGCGCCAUUUUCCCAUCCUUGAUUUCGGGGAGAGGAGGUAUAAAUUUCACAUUUAUUUUGUCCAAGAUUGUGGCAUUGGACAUCAUCAGGCAUUUCUCUUGUUUAAGUGUGCGAUGGCCACAAUUUUGAAUGGUCGAACCCUCAAUUAAACUUUGUUUGCUUUAUUGUUUAGUAAGCAAUACCUCUUCACUCGCGCUUCACAUUUCUUGUAAAUAAUUAGCUCAGAAUUCACUCUUCCUACGCAAGCCCCUAUACAUCACUGCAUCACAUUAUCCAACUUCGUUGGAUGCAGUUGGUGGGUUGGCCUAAACGCACCUUUAGGUGCCUGAAUGUGUCCACGUAAUUAUCAAAAAGCCAGUAUAGUACUUCUUUCAAAGCAUCCUUAGGCCUGAGGCAAAUUGUAAGAAAAUACCCAAGUCGAUAUCAAUAUAAGAAGAACGAGAGAACGGACUUAAUUUGACGCGUCUAUCAGACUAUUUCUAAUUUUUUCUUUUCAGUCUACUGGAAAAUUUACAUGGGCUCGGCGAUUACGUAGAAUAAUCAAAGAUUCGACCUUGUCAUUUUAAGGCUCGUAACAAGUGCAUCCACGCUGGUUUACAUUAAUUCAGUUUCGAUUUUUUGGUUGUUCUAGAUAUUCGUUUCUUUUUGAGCGGCGUGAAGAAAACUCCAGACCUUAUGGACAGAGGAUCUUAAGUUACUUUACCGGCUUCACUAGAACGCAGCCCCGAGCAGCAAGUUUCGUCGCCUACUUCCGUCCAGAUAUUUCAAAUAUUUUAUUCCUUAUUUGUUGCUCUGCUCACCUUAAACAAGAGGUGAUACAAGAUCUUGAAAACAGAGACGUAACGCGGUUUGCUGAUGGCAGUUCGAUGAAAUGUAUGUUACCUGGAGAGGACGGUGACAAAGCAUUUGUGUUUUUGUCAGGAGGAAUACGCCCAUAUGAUGAGGAGGACGAAAAUAACAUUUUUCUUUGGUGAGCUCAUUUAUUAUGUAUUUAAAAUAUUUCCCAGUUUCUCCUUGGCUCAAAUCCCACGCGGCUAAUUCUUGAGAACCAGCUAGCGUUGACCAAAUCAGUACAAAAUGGCGGAACAUCCAUCACUGUGCAUACUUUUUAAGAACAGACCGGUCUGAACAGUCGUGAUUAAUAGUUAAAUUCUCUCCGGUGACUGAACAGUUCUGUCUAAUGGUAAGCGAAGGAUAACUCGGCACUACAUCACGCAUGUUUCUCUCUUACAUUUAAACAGGUUAUUAGAGGACGAUAUUCCGUUUAAGACUGAAUUGCGCGUUUGUCUCGUUGAGGACGAAGAGCUAGCACAAGUGGAAUUUCGAAACACCCUGGCACACACAGGCAGAAAGGGUCUGUUGUGUAAAUUUCACUUAACUUUGCCCUCCCGCAAAAUGCCCCUCGCGG